UCCGGAAAAGGCGCGCUUCAAAAACAGGGUUGGCGCCUCGCAGCGAGUAAAGUAAAACCCCGUUUUCUCAAAAGCAGUAACGAACGGCGGAGAUCCUAGCCGUAUACAACAAAGGGGAAAAAAGAUCAGAAGAAACUUGAAGACGAUGGCGGAAGUAAUUUCGCUUAUGGAUAUCGACGAAGAUGACAAGCACCAGGAACAAAACGGCUCUCAGAAGCUAAACAAGGGCAAAAGCGUCGCCACAGCCACAGAUGCCAAAGCCACUCCCUGGGUCGAGAAGUACCGUCCUCAGUCCCUCGCCGACGUAGCUGCUCACCGCGAUAUUGUUGACACCAUUGAUAGGCUUACUAGCGAGAACAGAUUGCCGCAUCUUCUAUUGUAUGGUCCUCCCGGAACAGGCAAAACAUCCACCAUUCUGGUUGUUGCACGGAAGCUUUAUGGAGCACAGUAUCAUAAUAUUAUUCUCGAGUUGAAUGCUUCGGAUGAUAGAGGAAUUGAUGUCGUUAGGCAACAAAUUCAAGGUUUUGCUAGCACCCAAAGCUUUUCAUUUGGGGUGAAGUCAUCGGUAAAGUUGAUUUUACUUGAUGAGGCAGAUGCUAUGACAAAGGAUGCCCAAUUUGCCUUGCGUAGAGUUAUUGAGAAGUACACAAAGAAUACUAGGUUUGCACUGAUCUGUAAUCAUGUCAACAAGAUCAUUCCCGCACUACAGUCCAGAUGUACUCGGUUCAGAUUUGCACCUCUUGAUCCUAUUCAUGUCACUGAACGACUUAAGCACGUUAUCGAUGCUGAAGGACUUGAUGUAACUGAUAGUGGCUUGGCAGCACUAGUACGGCUUAGCAAUGGUGACAUGAGAAAGGCUUUAAACAUUUUGCAGAGUAGCAUUAUUAAUAAUUUCUUUGCUACAUGCAGUCAACACAUGGCUUCUCAGAAGAUUACAGAUGAAGCCGUGUAUCUCUGUACUGGAAAUCCAUUGCCUAAAGACAUUGAGCAAAUAUCUUACUGGCUUCUGAAUGAAUCGUUUGCUGAGAGUCUCACACGAGUUUCUGAAACGAAGACAAGAAGAGGAUUGGCCUUGAUUGAUAUUGUGAGGGAAGUGACUAUGUUUGUUUUUAAGAUUAAAAUGCCCUCAGAUUUUCGAGUUCAGUUAGUUAACAACUUGGCAGACAUAGAAUAUAGUUUGAGUUUUGGGUGCAAUGAUAAAUUACAACUGGGAUCACUUAUUGCUACUUUCACUCAAGCUAGAUCUGCUCUGGUUGCUGCAGCAAAGUAGCUGUUUGUCAAGCCUGACCUCAUUUCUUUUUCCACUGUGGAUAUAUUGAGCAUGAUCUUGUGUGAUUUUGGCCUGGCAAGUACCAAGCGUUUUACGUAUCCAGUCUGAGUCGUGAAUACCUAAAGAAUGUGGUUUUCAGGCCCUAAUGAUAGUUGUUAAGGUAGCAUUGCCUCUAUUUAUAGUCAAUUUUGCAUC